GCCGUGACAUAGGCUUAGUAUGGGAGUUGCACGCUCCUAGUGAUGGGCUCCUGAUUAGAUGAUAAUGAGCUGUCUCGGUUUCUAUCGACCUUUGAAAGUUUCUUCACUUGUACAGUUAAUUAGCCGUUCGCCAACCCUCAGCAGACAGAAAUCUCGAGCCGCCGUCUGUUUUAAAAGUAGUUUUCAAGACUUCUGGUUUUUUUUUUAUGUUUGAAGCCAGUAGUAUGAAUUCCGAUGCAAUCAAGUGGGCAAAAACUGUCAUCCACCAGUUAUCGCAAGACACCUGCAUUGAUUUGAUUGAAGGAAGUGAAGAUGAUCAUGAAGUGGAGUUCACCAGCGGAAAUGGCUGCAGUUCCUGGAUAGGACACAUAGGAGACAGUCAAGAUAUCACUCUAGGAAAUGGAUGUCACAACAGGGGAACGAUUGCUCACGAGAUAAUGCAUAUGCUGGGAUUUUACCACGAGCACACUAGGCUGGACCGAGAUCAGUACAUUACAGUGUACAACGAAAAUAUUUUGGACGGGUAUUCGUCGGAGUUCGACAUGCGAAGCCAGAACAACUUUGGAUAUUCGUACGACAAACACUCCAUCAUGCAAUACAAGAAUACUGCCUUUGGCAAAAAACAGAGUGAUGGCACUGACGCUACAACUAUGGAGUCCAAAUCCGAUCCUUCUGAAACUCUGGGAGCAGUUUCACACAUGGAUGCCAAUGAUUUGGAAAAGAUAAACUCAUAUUACGAAUGCAGUAACGCUCCAUCCUUCGUGGAUCACACAAUCACUCUGUCAACCAAGGAGAACACUUGGCUCAGUUGUUGCCAUGGGACCGAUGGAUAUGUGUACGUAAAACUCGUGGGUAACUCUGGUGCCUCGCCUUGGCAGCUUGUCACAUCGGGAGGACAACUCUAUGCCGAUGAAAACGAGGGUGGCGAUGUACAGACACACAAGCUGCCUUUCCCAGACGUGGGAACCAUCAGCUCUGUCAAAGUAGCCCUUGAGGCUGAGGGUGACAUUAAGACCAGGAAACGGCGCUCGGUUGAAACAAAAGCAAAAAGGUUAUUUGAUGGAUGGACUCUUGAAAACUUGGCACUGGACGGUGUGUCUUACGGUGGCGGAGAACUCGAUGUAGGAGACGAGCUGACACUUACAGCAUAAUAAGAAAGAGCAACAGGACAAGGAAUUCCACACUGACUCACAGACACGACACAUGGAAGGAACAAUUACUUGCGCUGUUCAUACAGAUUACAUGAUUAGUUAAAACCAGGAAGAAAAAAACAGAAACUCGAAAAAGUAUUAACUUCGUUUUAUCAAGUAGCAGCGGUGAAUUAUUAUUUAUAAUACUUAUCUUGUUCUCAAACUCAAUUUUCAUUAAGUUUAAACAAAAGAAAUCAUGACCGUGACGGUGUUUGGAUAUCUGAUCUUAAUUAAUAAGCAAAGAUUUAAACGAUUUUAUUUCUCCAUUUAUUUCCUAGUUGUAGUUUCGAUCGAGAAGAUAUAUCAGUGUUUGACCGCAUUUCCAAACACCUCGAAAUUCGUCAAAAAUACUUCGCUACGCAUCGUAUUUUCAACUAUCUUCCCAGUGUUUGGAAAUUCGGUGAAACACGGUCUUUCGUGUCUGACAUAUCACUUUCAGUUCUUUUGACACACACGAUGUUUACCACCACUGCUGCUUGCGUUUUUUAGUUUGAAGUUGGCAAGUACAAACCACCCAAGACUCUUGCACUUCUCACGCGUCGACUUAAUUAAUUUAUUUUCAGAAUAGAGAGAGAAAGAAAAUGAUAGUCUG